CCUCCCCGCCUCCCGCUGGUACCAGCCACCUUCCCUCUUCUUUUGCCAUUGGUGGGGCGGGUUGGGUCUCUCUUCUCCCGCCGAUAGGAGCCCUCCCCUUCGCGUCGCGCCCGCCCGUUCCAAAAGGUGGACGGGCGCACUGCUAUGCCUGGCGGCGGCGGCGAACACCUGGGAAGAAGGGCAGAGGCGCUUGAAGGGGCGGGCUAUUUUGACAGUGAUUGGCAUCCGAGCUCCCGCCAAUCGUUGCGGAGCUAGCGCUUUUGGCAAGGCAGGCGGGCGGCGCGAGAGGAAAGCUUAGGCAGGCGAGGAUAGGGUGCGCCUUGGACUGAGCGGCGCUCUAGUGGCUGGGGUUGCGUGAGUGAAAGGAGAGACCCUGCGAAAGGGGUGGCGGCAGCGAAAGAGGGAGACGACGCCGAAGAGGAGGAGGAGGAGGCGGCGGCGGCAGAGGAGGGCAGGGCGCAGCCCGAAGCUUGUACAGUGGCGGCAGCGGCAGCUCGUCUCCUAUGCUGUUGUGGACUGAUGCGUUUUUUUCCCCCCCGUUCUUGCAGCCUGCUUAACCUUCCGAUCUUCGCUCUGCCAGCUCUCGCCUUUCCUUGAUUGCAAUUAACUCUCACCGGCCCACAUUUCUAAUAAGAGAGAGAGAGAGAGAGAGAGAGAAAGAGGCGUGAUUGACACAUCGAGGGGGCAAGGGGGAAAAAAAAUCCGGAGGAGGAGCGGCGGCGGCAGCAGCAGCAGCAGCAAAAGCAGGAAAGCCAAGCCAAGGAAGAAGGCAAGAUUGGACGCGGUAGAGCAGCGGCGGCAAGGCGUGAAGUUAAACCGGUCCUGAAGUCAGGGCGAGACGCCGAUCGCUUGGCCGUUUUUGCCGCUGCAGCCGCCGCCGCCUUCAAGCUUUGUGUCUGGUGAGGGAGAAGCGAGCGAGCCUCCGCCACCUUUCUCUUCUCCUCUCUCAGGUUGCUGGAAAUGUCUGAACACAAGGCGCUAGAUCCGAAGUUAUCCACGACGGAGCGGGUGGUGAAAGCUGUCCCAUUUCCUCCAAGCCAUCGGCUCACAGCGAAGGAAGUGUUUGACAAUGAUGGAAAACCCCGAGUGGAUAUCCUAAAGGCACACCUUAUGAAGGAAGGAAGGCUGGAAGAAAGUGUUGCUUUGAGAAUAAUAACAGAGGGUGCUUCGAUUCUGCGCCAGGAAAAAAAUUUGCUGGAUAUAGAUGCCCCAGUUACUGGUGAGUACAAAUAAACACUGAAGCGGUAA